AUGUCGUACGAUACAAAACGGCGGCUGACAGGUCAGGGAAUGGCAACAGCAGCUGCCUCCAUCAUCAUCCCAGCAGUUGCAGCAGCAGUUCCUGCUAACAUCCCACCAGUUACAGCAAGAGGUUCUGCCACAAACUGCACCACCAAAUUGACAGCCACCACCACUUCAACCACCUACCUUAACAACUGGCAUCUCAGCAGCAACCGCCACAGAAAACAGAAUGCAAGACUGAGGAAGCUGUUGCACCCAAAGAAUGCCAUGAUUAUUCUGCGUGAACUGAAACCUGGAAUAAACUUUACAUUUCAGGAUCAUACAAAUGCUGUAACACAAACUAGGUUUGUUGUUAGUGCUGAGGUGGAUGGGAAGGUGUAUGUAGGUGAAGGUUUAUCCAAAUCAAUAGCUAAGCAAAAUGCUGCUGAAAAAGCUCUAAAAGACUUACUCUUGGAAAGAAUGUCUAAUGCAGCAGUGACAACACAGAAACGGGAUAAUGCAGAGGUUGUUGAACCCAUGCAGCAGGAAUUAAACAAUGCAGCUGGCAGUGGUGUUUCUGAUGAUGGAAGUAUCGCUGAAAGUGCACAAGCAUUGGGAAAGCCACCAAUCCCAGAGGAUGAUGUGCCAUGGGGAAGUGUGAUUUCAUUUGCCCUGUACAAGUUAUUUGCUGAAUGGCAGAGUCAAGGUACACAUCUACCUCUUCCUUUUUGUAAACAGAAACCAGUUUUGCCACCUCCAGCAAGGGUGGAUGCAGUGGCCACAGCUGGACAGGUAUAUUACACACAACACUACCUAGUACACAGUCCACUCCUUUCUUCCUUUUCAGCUUUAUCAUAGAAGUUUGCUGAUCUGCUGUGAGUAAUGAAUUGCCAGACAUUUUGUAAAUCUGAUGUUUGAAAAACAUUUUCCAGUGCCUGUGUAUAAUUUUAAUGUCAGUUACAGCCC